AUUGUACCAUGUACUUAUCCUAAUAUUAACUUGAUUAUUUCUGCUAUUAAGUAUUAACAUCAGAACCAAUAUAUAUACUUAAUCUAACGAUAUAAAAAUAUCUAUAAUUGAUGAUUCAAUUUAUUUAAAGAAAGGGAAAGGAAUUUCUUUUACACCAACGGUCACGUGUGUUACUCAUGAGAGGGUAAAAGAGGAAGUGUAUAAAGCAAGAAAUAAGAAUAUUACCGUUAAACUCACAAAAAUGCAUUACUAAUACACCAACGGACAGAUUUCAAAAUUGAAAUAUACGACCGUUUAUAAAAGGAAGGGCGCGUUGUCUUCAAUUCAACGCCGAUUAAAACCCUCACAAACAUUCAUCUACUUCAUCAAACCCUAAAAUACGAAACUGGUAGAAAUUGCAAUUGUUACAAGAGAGAAAGAACUUGAAGAAGUGUCAUAUUCGAUCAUACCGUGGCUACCAAAAACUCAGAAGAAGGGGAGGCAAACAAUAGCCGUCUCCAGACGUUUUUAUCGUCGAUCUUGACGAGUAUUGGAGGAGUUUUUGGUCAUAAUCAAGAACAAGACGAAGAAAUGGCGUCCAAUGAAACUGUUCUUCCGAUUCAACAGGCAAAUAGAGAUGUUAACCAGAAGAACCCAGUGCAAGGAGAAAGAAGAAACAGGAGAGCCCUUGGUGACAUUGGAAAUCUUGUGCCUGCUUCAACCCUUAAUGAAAUAGGAAAGCCCCAACUUCAGAUCACUCGUCCCAUUACACGAACUUUUAGAGCCCAAUUGGUUGCAAAUGCUCAAGCUGUAGAUAAGAAUUCCAAGAAACCACAAGAAGAAGCCAGCAAUGCUGAUGUGGCCCAGAAAAAACAUGAAGAAACUCCAAGAAGAAAACUCAAAAAGCCCACCAAGUCACUCACCUCUGUCCUCACUGCUCGUAGCAAGGUUGCAUGUGGGAUCACAACAAGACCAAAAGAUCCAAUCAUCAACAUCGACCAAUCCGACAUCAACAAUGAACUAGCAGAAGUAGAAUACGUAGAAGACAUCUACAAAUUCUACAAACUCACAGAAACAGAAGGUGGAUUACGAGACUACAUGAACUCACAACCCGAUCUCAACGCCAAAAUGAGGGCUAUUUUAGUCGACUGGUUAAUUGAAGUUCACAGGAAAUUCGAACUCAUGCCAGAAAGUCUUUACCUCACAGUCAACAUCGUUGACCGAUACCUCUCAAUGAGGACAGUUCCCAGAAAAGAACUUCAGUUGGUUGGAAUCAGUGCAAUGUUAAUUGCUUGUAAGUAUGAAGAGAUUUGGCCUCCUGAAGUGAAUGAUUUGAUUGCAAUAUCGGAUAAUGCGUAUACAAGGGAGCAGAUUUUGGGAAUGGAGAAAGCUGUUCUUGGUGUUUUGGGGUGGUAUUUGACUGUUCCUACUCCGUAUGUGUUUCUUGUUAGGUAUACAAAAGCUUCUGUUCCUAGUGAUGUCGAGAUGGAGAAUAUGGUGUUUUUCUUGACUGAGUUGGGUUUGGUUCAUUACUCGAUUGUUAUGGGGAAUAGUCAUUCGAAGCUUGCUGCUUCAGCUGUUUAUGCUGCCAGGUGUACACUGAAUAAGACUCCUGCGUGGACUGGGACACUCAAGUAUCAUACUGGGUACUCUGAAGAUGAACUAAGAAAUCAACUUAAAUUCAAGAAUGAUCUUAAAUCUCACAAGAUGAACUGUAUUUGUGUUAAAAAUAGGGAUUGUGCAAAGAGUUUGGUGAAUUUCCAUGCGUGUGCUAGUGAGACAAAGCUGAAGGCGGUGUACAGAAAGUAUGUGAAUCCAGAAAAAGGUGCGGUGGCUCUUUUUCCUCCAGCGAGAAGUCUUAUGGUGGAGUCGGGUGGUGGAGAAUCUUCAUAA